CCUGGUUCGACUGCUCUGAGUCUGCACAGACACAGAUAUCAGAGAUGGCAACACUAUCGUCACCUCUGCGAGUUUGCAGAGGAAUACUGAAAGAAUUACGUGCUAUUCAGGGACCACAAUAUAAAAAGUCAUUGGCCUACAACUAUGUUAUGGAUCAGUUUCGUAAAAACAAGGUAACAGGAGAAAGGUACUGCCGUGCCCAGCAGGAGGCACUCCAUGCCUCACAAACAUACCUGUGUUUGCUGUCAUCUACCAGGAACCACCUGAUCCUACACAACCUUUACCAUGGGAAAGGAGAGCGCAGUCCAGAGGAAGUGGCUCAUCUAGUGGGCCUCAGGUUGCCAAAUCAGCCUGGAGGAAAAGGCUGGGAGAAGUGAGGAUGUGGGAGGAGUGGGAGAAUCUUCAGGAUCUCCCCAAAAUGACUUGUAUUUGGCUGAUCCAUCUGGCCUUGUAUAAUUUACCAAAUGUAAAGUCAAUUUCAAAGGGAUAAUCUUUUGUCUGAAGCCUGGCAGACAACAGGAGAUGGUGCCGUUAUGGACUGAUAUGGGGGGGACUCCACUGCAUUGUUAUGUUCAGUGUUCAAGAAGAGAAGUUAUGAUAAGCAUUUGAUCUGAGUGUCUGUAAAGCAACUGUGUAAAUAUAAGCUGAGAUUUAGAAAAAAAAAAAAAUCUGAGCUGUAAAUAUACUGUAAACUGCAGCUUAACCACAACUGUUGUUUGUGCUUUGGCAGUUUUCCAAACUGUGAGAUUGGUUAUGUUAGGACACUUUUAUUCUGACUCAUUUGUUCCAUUAAAGUAUUCAUUACUGCUCUA